GCAGAGCCGAGCAGGGGGGCUGAGCAGAGCCGAGCAGAGCCGAGCAGUUCAAAAUGUCCAGCAGCAAGACUUCUGCCUGUUUUGAACAUCCUAGUAGGAAAAGAAGUUGGGGUAGAGAUCAGUUUACCAUUCCAAAUACAGACAUUGACCCUGCUGACUUGAAAGAUAGAUUGAUCAAUAAAGCACCAAAUCAGAUCAGUCCAACUCCUAACACCCUCCACUUUAAACAACACACAAGAGCACAAGAAAAAAGAAUUAAAAGGGAGCAAGCUGUAAAAUUGGAACCUUUGCCUGUCCUGAAGAAAAAGCAAGACCUCGGUAAGUCAGGACAACUCUACGAAAAGAGUAAAGAUCAAUUGAUAAGAGCAGGAUGGGGCAUUCCUAGUCCGCCACCAAAAUGCUCACUGCCUUCUACAGCAGAAGACAUCUCAACACAUCAGUGGUUACCAGAGCUCCCAGCUGACUUAAAGAAGAAGCAGAUUGAGCUGGACACAAGAAGAAUAUCGUCUCCAUCUCCACCAAAACAACAUCCCCUUGAAUUGUGUAGGACAAGUUCCUGCAUGAGAAUGAGUUUGCCUGCAGAAUUGGAAUACAGCUCAGCAGAUGCUGUUAUCAGGGAGGAAAUAACAGAUGUUCUGAAAAUUAUUGCAAUAAUUCGGGAGAACAAGCACCUAGGAUUUUUGUACAUGAAUUAUACCUCUCCCAAAGCUUCAAUUAAUUUUGAUUCUUAUAAUUUGAGUGUUGUAACAUAUGAAGACAUCAACAAGAAUGACUACUAUACCAUUAGCCAUCAUGGAGUUAUGCAUAUGUGGGAUGGAGACAUUGAGUUCAUAGAAUUAGAUCGCUGGGAACAAGAAUAUCUGUAUCAUAAGCAACUUACUCUUAUUCCGGUAUUUUCACGUUUUCGCAAAUGGAAGGCCUUUACAGUUUGGCGGAAGAAUGUGAUUACCAUGAAGAUUAAUCUAUGUCGCAAAGCACUGCAGGAAAAUCUCUUUAUACUGAACCCAUCAUUGCGUCCUGCUCUUCUACAAAUUCAAAAUGUGUGUUAUCACAUUGGUGAUUUGUCACUGUGUAAAAUUGAAAAAGGACACACCUACACCUUACACGAGUUUAAGAGAGUGCAAUAUGAAAAGCUUGAAGAGGCCUCUAGUGAUCUGACUAACUUCAGAGAAAUUACAAAAGGGAUUGUAAGUGAGGCAUGUAAGACGGCCUUAACAGAAGCUGGAUUUACACCUGAUCAGCUCCGUGAUGAACUGAAGGAAUCAGAUAUUAGUCUUUCAUAUUCUAAUAUUAAUAUUGAGGCAUUUGGAGAAUUGCCCGAUCAAUUGAACUAUACAGGACAAGCCAACAAGAGAUCUCAUUGCAGGAGAUUAACCUGCUUCAUCCGUCUUGCUGAUUACCUCAUGGUGAACAUAAUGCACUACCUUACAGUGAAUUCUAUCACACUUUUGGUCACUUAUAUGGAGGAUCACCUGAAGCACAUUCCAGAUACCUUUACCAUUAGAACAUGGCGCACCCAGGAGGAAAAGGAGAUUGAGUUGGAACUAAAGACAACUACACAAACCCUAUUACUUAAGGGGGAUGAAGAAGACAUUUCUGUGCCAAUAUUUGUUACAGAGCUUAUCUUAAAUCCUCAAUCAUUGCUGUUUCAUCCUUCAUUGGACGACUUUGAGUAUGGGAUUACUGAAGCUGUUCAGCAACUGCAGGAUGUUGUGCUCUCUGUGGCUAAUCUAGUUUCGGAUGGACAUUUUAAUCCCUACACUCGUCCAGUUAUCAACCACAAGAUUGAAGAAAAGAUGUAUGGUGAGGGACCGAAGCUAGUUUUUAUUCUAGAAGAUGACACGCAUUUGCAGAAAAUCAUCCAAAAGAUAAUGGAAUGUAUUAACAUAGGAUUUGAAGCGGCAAAUAUGUUUGGAGAAAUAUUUGAAGUUUUUCGGAUUUUCUAUAAUGAAAAUGAAAGUCUUGAUUUAGAAAUUUUCAAAAGCGAUGAACAUGAUGUUAGUUAUUUUGCGGAGUCAUUGGAAAAGUACCAUCAGCAGCACCAUGAUGCAGUGAGCAUUAAGCAGAAGAAAAACUUAGGAUUGUUGCUGAUAGAUAACACCAAACUCAAGAACAAAGUAAUCCCUUCUCCUCUACGUUGCAUUGAGGCUAUUAAUGACCUGCUUCCAGUUCUCGCGAAAAAGAAGACAGAUGCUAUGAUAGCUGAGUCACAGGAUGCACAGUUUAAACUUGAAAUUAUCCCAACUAAUACCAUGGAAUUUGUGAACAGUUUGCUAUUUCUGGAUGAGAUACAAGAGAGGAUUGAAGUUUUAGACGAAGAAGCCAACAUUAUAGUACAGAUGUAUGAACUCAUUGAUGAGUUUCGUGUUCCUACACCUCCUGAAGACCUGGCUGUAUUUGCGACUCUGAAACCUUCAUUAGUAGCAGUUCGCAGCAUUAUUGAUAGAGCUGUGAGUGAAAGAGACAAGAAUAUUGGGAAAUUCUGUCAGCAUCUAGAUAAAGACAUAGCCCUUUUGAAUGAAGAAGUCAAAACAGUGAAACUACAAGCACAGGAUCCUCAGAUUUUAGAAAUUUCAUCUGACAAGAUGAGGGUGAAGGAUGUGCUCCAAACCAUGCAGACUACAAUGGAUGAGCUACAGAAACGUGCAUUUGAGUAUAAAUUGUAUCAGAAGAACUUCAAGGUUGAAGUAACUAAAUUUGAAAUGUUAGAAGAAGUGCAUGCUGAGCUGAAACUAAAGCAGCUUCUUUGGAAUUCGCUGGAUGAAUGGGAUCUUCUUGUGGAGGAAUGGAUGCAGCUUAAAUUUGAAACACUGGAUGCGGAAGAAUUGAGUGCUCAAGUGGGAAAGUACAGCAAGUUCGUAAAUCAGCUCGAAAAAGGUCUUCCACCAAAUACUGUGGCAGUGAAACUAAAAGAAAAUGUGGAUAAGAUGAAACAAAAGCUUCCUGUAAUCAUGGAUUUAAGAAACCCAUGCCUGAAACACCGUCACUGGGAAUUGGUGGAACAUGCUGUUGGUGCUAAACUCAUUGACAUGAUGGAACCUCUAACUCUGGCUCAAUUUAUAGAGCUUAAUGUUUUUAAUUAUUCUGAAGCAAUUCAGGAGAUAUCAGGCCAGGCCUCUGGUGAAACUGCUUUGGAGACUAUAUUGAAAAAGGUAGAAGAUGCAUGGAAAAUUACUGAGUUUCCUGUGCUUCUUCAUCGUGAUUCCAAAGAUGUUUUUAUUCUUGGUGGCACUGAAGAAAUUCAGGCCUUGUUGGAUGAUAGCAUUAUCAAUGUAUCAACUAUAGCCUCCUCACGCUAUGUUGGACCUAUCAAACCUCGUGUUGAUGAUUGGCAAAGACUUCUCUCACUUUUCAGUCAAACUUUGGAUGAAUGGUUGACAUGUCAACGCAACUGGUUGUACCUAGAGAGUAUAUUCAGUGCUCCAGACAUUCAACGACAGCUGCCAGCAGAGGCAAGGAUGUUCACCCAGGUGGAUAAAUCCUGGAAGGAAAUCAUGAGAAGAGUAAAUCGCCUACCUAUUGCUCUGAGGGCAGCCACUCAACCUGGAUUAUUAGAAGCUUUCCAGAAUAACAAUGAAUUACUUGACCAGAUACAGAAAUGUCUAGAGGCCUAUCUUGAAUCCAAGCGAGUUAUCUUCCCCAGAUUCUACUUCUUGUCUAAUGAUGAGCUGCUGGAGAUUCUGGCCCAGACACGCAACCCACAAGCUGUACAACCACAUCUGCGCAAGUGCUUUGAUGCAAUUUCCAAGCUGGAGUUUGCACUUGCUUCUCAAGUGGAGGAAAAGGGCGAGACAGAACCUGAGAAGUUAUACACCAAUGAUAUUUUGGCCAUGAUAUCUCCUGAAGGAGAAAAGGUCAGUUUAGGAAAGGGGCUUAAAGCAAGAGGAAAUGUCGAAGAUUGGCUUGGUAAAGUGGAAGAAGCUAUGUUCUCAUCUCUCCGCCGUAUGUGCAAAGCUGCCAUUGCUGAUCAUCAAACCAAAGCCAGAGCAGAAUGGGUGAAAUCUGGGUUUCCUUCUCAGGUUAUUUUGACCAUUUCUCAACUGAUGUGGUGUCGUGACUUACAUGAACGUUUGGAGGGCGACCAUAAUCAUAUUGAAGCUAUGGCUCAAUUUGAGAUAGCUAAUUUUGAGAGACUGAAUGAGCUCGCUGCUUUGGUUCGAGGCCAGCUACACUUUUUACACCGAAGUAUCAUAACUGCACUUAUAACCAUUGAUGUUCAUGCAAGAGACAUUGUUACUGAUCUUGUUAAAGAAAAGGUGGAUGCAGUGACUAAUUUUGAGUGGCAGAGACAGCUGCGCUAUUACUGGAAUCUUGAUGUGGAUAAUUGUAUAGCUAUGAUGGCCCUAUCCAAUUACACCUACGGUUAUGAAUACCUAGGAGCAUCUCCUCGGCUGGUCAUUACACCACUUACUGACCGAUGUUACCUUUGCCUCAUGGGAGCGCUGCAGCUUGACCUUGGAGGAGCACCAGCUGGUCCUGCAGGUACUGGUAAGACAGAAACGACAAAAGACCUUGCCAAGUCCCUCGCUAUCCAGUGUGUGGUCUUUAAUUGUUCUGAUGGCUUAGAUUAUAAGAUGAUGGGCCGUUUCUUCAGUGGUUUGGCUCAGUCUGGAGCCUGGUGCUGUUUUGAUGAGUUCAACAGAAUUGAUAUUGAAGUGCUUUCUGUUAUUGCACAACAGCUCAUCACCAUUAGAAAUGCUAAAGCUGCCAAGGUCUCUCGUUUCAUGUUUGAAGGUAGAGAGAUCAAAUUGGUUAUGUCUUGUGCAGCAUUCAUCACAAUGAACCCUGGUUACGCUGGAAGAACUGAACUGCCUGACAACCUGAAGGCCCUUUUUAGACCUAUAGCAAUGAUGGUUCCUAAUUAUGCUCUGAUUGCUGAGGUCAUUCUUUAUUCUGAGGGUUUUGAAUCCAGUAAGGUUUUGGCUAGAAAAAUGACCCAAAUGUAUAAAUUAUGCAGUGAGCAGCUAUCUCAGCAGGACCAUUAUGACUUUGGUAUGCGAGCAGUCAAGUCUGUGCUUGUCAUGGCCGGGUCACUGAAGAGGGCAAAUCCUGAAUUGAAUGAAGACGUUGUGUUGAUUAGAGCUUUAAGAGACUCUAAUCUUCCAAAAUUCCUUGUGGAUGAUUCAGUGCUUUUUGGAGGUAUUCUUUCGGACUUGUUUCCGGGAGUUGAGAUUCCAGAUCAUGAUUAUGGUUUAUUCCAGGAAACUGUUGUUGAAGUCAUGAGUAAGCGUGGCCUGCAGGUUGUCAGUUGUAUGAUUAGUAAGGUCAUACAGUUGUAUGAAACCAUGAUUGUGCGCCAUGGUGUCAUGCUGGUUGGACCCAGUGGAAGUGGCAAAACUACAGUUUAUCGCAUUUUAGCAGAGACCCUUGGCACAUUGCAUAAUGCUGGAGAGGAUGAUCCCUUCUACCAGAUUGUGAAGUUGUAUGUUCUGAACCCAAAAUCGAUCACGAUGGGCGAGCUAUAUGGUGAAGUGAACAACUUGACACUCGAGUGGAAGGAUGGGUUAAUGGCACUUAGUGUCCGUGCAGCUGUGAACGAUACAACCAUGGAACACAAAUGGGUUGUAUGUGAUGGUCCUGUUGAUGCAUUGUGGAUUGAGAAUUUGAACACAGUUCUUGAUGACAACAAGAUGCUUUGCCUGGCAAAUAGUGAACGGAUCAAACUCACACCUUAUAUUCAUAUGGUCUUUGAGGUGCAAGACCUUCGGGUAGCUUCUCCUGCCACUGUUAGUCGAUGUGGAAUGGUUUACCUUGAUCCAGAAGAACUCAAAUGGCUGCCAUAUGUACAGACCUGGAUGGCUACUCAUUCAGAAAAAAUACCUUUGGAAUUGCAGCAGUACAUAAUGGAUCUUUUCCAGAAUUAUGUUGAAAAUGGAUUAAAGUUUGUCAAUAAAAAAUGCAUACAGGCCAUCUCACAGGUGGACAUCAGUAAAGUCACCACACUCUGCUAUCUCCUCGAGUCUUUACUGCUUGGAAAAGGAGGCCCAGUUCUCAAACCGGAAAUUUCUCAAAUGAGCAGUAUUAUUUCUCAGACAUUUGUCUUCUGUUACCUGUGGUCUGUUGGAGGAAAUUUGACUGAGGACUGCUGGGAUAGCUUUGACUCUUUCCUCAGACAACAAUUUGAAGACCAUCCGGAAGCUAAGCUACCAACAUCUGGUGACCUGUGGAACUUUUACAUGGAUUAUGAUAGCAGUCGAUUGGAUCCUUGGGACAGAAUUAUCCCCAGCUUCAAGUACAGAAGUGAAUUGCCAUUUUUUGAGAUGCUUGUUCCAACCACAGAUACUGUUCGUUUUGGCUAUCUAAUGGAGAAACUUCUGGUUGUUAAGCACUCUAUUCUAUUCACUGGAAUAACUGGAGUGGGCAAGUCUGUCAUUGCACGAGGAUUGCUAAAUACCAUUCAAAGUGAAGCUCGUUAUGUUCCAGUCUACAUCAAUUUUUCAGCUCAAACAUCAUCCAUCAGGACACAAGAAAUUAUUGAGUCUAAAUUAGAAAAGAAAAGAAAAAAUAUAAUUGGUGCUCCGGGGAAUAAAAGAGUCAUAAUUUUUGUGGAUGAUUUAAACAUGCCCAAGUUGGAUCGCUAUGGAUCGCAGCCACCUAUUGAGCUUCUUCGACAGUACCAGGACUUUGGUGGAUUCUAUGAUAGAGAAAAACUUUUUUGGAAGGAAAUACAGGAUGUCACAAUUGCUGCUGCUUGUGCCCCUCCUGGUGGUGGAAGAAAUCCAGUAACUCCUCGUUUCUUGAGGCACUUCAGCAUGUUCUGUUUGCCAACGCCCUCUGAGCACAGCCUGAAACAGAUUUUCCAGGCUAUCCUAAAUGGAUUUCUAGCUGAAUUUUCAAUAGGAGUGAAACAGUGUUCUGUAAAUAUUGUGGAAGCUGCUGUAGAGAUUUACCAUCGAAUGAGUGUUGACUUAUUGCCUACACCUGCCAAGUCUCACUAUGUUUUCAAUCUGAGAGAUUUGUCAAAGUGUAUACAAGGAAUUCUUCAGUGUAACCCUGGUACAGUGAGGGAUGAAAACCAAAUUUUUAGACUUUUCUGCCAUGAAUGUCAACGCGUCUUCCAUGAUCGUUUAAUCAACAAUGAAGACAAAUAUUAUUUUAAUAACAUGUUAGCUGAAAUGGCCAACAAACACUUCGGAGUCCACUUGGAAUCGGAUUAUUUUAUGAAAACCCCCAUUAUUUUUGGAGACUUCAUGAAGAUUGGAGCGGAGAAAUCAGAACGAUAUUAUGAAGAUCUUCUCAAUUUUGAAAAAAUUAGAUCUACACUACAGGACUAUUUAGAUGACUACAACAUGACAAAUUCCAAGGAGAUGAAGCUGGUUUUCUUUCAAGAUGCUGUUGAACAUGUCGCCAGAAUCGCCCGUAUGAUUCGUCAAGAAAGAGGAAAUGCACUACUUGUUGGUGUUGGAGGUACAGGGAAACAGUCGCUCACACGAUUGGCAGCUCACAUAUGUGUUUACAGGUGUUUUCAAAUUGAACUCAGCCGUGGUUAUAACUAUGAAACAUUCCAUGAUGAUUUGCGAAACCUUUUUAAAAUGGCUGGAGUUGAAGGGAAUGAUAUGGUAUUUCUCUUUACUGACACACAGAUUGUUGUAGAAGAGUUUCUAGAAGACAUCAACAACAUCUUGAACUCAGGAGAGGUACCGAAUCUGUUUGAGAAAGACGAACUUGAAAAAGUUCUUGGUGCUACACGCCCUAAGGCUAAAGAUGCUGGAAUUGCAGAAGGGAACCGAGAUGAAGUCUUUCAAUUAUUUAUAAACAUUGUACGGCAGAAGUUGCAUAUUGUGUUGUGCAUGAGUCCUGUUGGUGAUGCAUUUCGAGCUCGAUGUCGAAUGUUUCCAUCUCUUGUAAACUGCUGUACCAUCGACUGGUUUGUGCAGUGGCCACGAGAAGCUCUCCUCUCUGUAUCAAAGACCUUUUUCACAAAUAUUGAGCUGGGAAGUGAAGAAAUGAAGAGCAAAUUUUCAGAAAUGUGUGUAGAAAUCCACACAAGUGUAAAUCAUAUGGCGGAGAAAUACUACUCUGAACUCCGGCGUAGGUAUUAUACAACACCCACAUCCUACCUCGAACUGAUAAACCUGUACUUGUCCAUGCUGGAGCAGAAACGGCAGGAAUUAGUUUCGGCUCGGGAUCGUGUUAAAAAUGGUCUUACCAAAUUGUUGGAAACUAAUGAUCUAGUAGAUAAAAUGAAAAUUGAACUUUCAGCUCUGGAGCCUAUACUGCAAAAGAAAUCAGUUGAAGUGAAUGCUUUAAUGCAGAAAUUGACUGUGGAUCAGGCUGAGGCAGACACGGUUCGUCAUGUUGUUCAGCAAGAUGAAGCGCUUGCUAAAGUAAAGGCUGAAACUACCCAAGCUAUUGCUGAUGAUGCUCAACAAGAUCUUGAUGAAGCUAUGCCAGCAUUGGAUGCAGCUAUCAAAGCUCUUGACUCUUUGGACAAAGCAGAUAUAUCUGAAGUUAGGGUGUUCACUAAACCUCCUGAUCUUGUUAUGACUGUCAUGGAAGCAAUGUGCAUCCUGCUUAAUGCAAAAACUGACUGGGCUUCAGCUAAACAAGUUCUGGGUGAUUCAAACUUCCUGAAGAAACUUGUGGAAUAUGACAAAGACAACAUUAAACCCCAGGUUCUGCAGAAGCUUCAGAAAUAUCUUAUUAAUCCUGAUUUUGUGCCUGAAAAGGUGGAGAAAGUGUCCAGAGCUUGUAAAUCCAUGUGUAUGUGGGUGAGAGCUAUGGAUCUGUAUUCGCGAGUUAUUAAGGAGGUACAACCAAAGCGAGUAAAGCUAGCUGCUGCUCAGGCUGAACUAGAUGCCACUUUGUUGAUGCUUAAAGAAAAGCAAAAAAAACUCAAACAAGUUGAGAUGAAGAUUGAACAACUUGAAGAACAGUAUGAAACCAAUGUGAAUGAGAAAGAGACUCUUGCAAAAACCAUGGAAAUUACUCAGGCUCGGUUAUUAAAUGCUGGGAAGCUGACGGCUGCUCUUGGAGAUGAGCAAGUUCGCUGGAAAGAGAGCAUAAUUUUGUUUGAACAGGAGAUCUCCAAUGUCAUUGGAAAUGUCUUCAUCGCAGCAGCCUGCGUUGCCUAUUAUGGAGCUUUCACAGCUGUAUAUCGACAAUUGUUAAUAGAUCAAUGGAUUACUGGUUGCCAGAACCUGGAAAUUCCCAUCAGCCAAAACUUCAGCCUUGUCAACAUUUUAGGGGACCUGUUUGAGAUUCGCAAUUGGAACACUGAUGGUCUGCCCCGUGAUAACGUUUCAACUGAAAAUGGUAUUCUUGUGACACGAGGACGUCGAUGGCCAUUGAUGAUAGAUCCGCAAGAUCAGGCAAAUCGCUGGAUACGAAACAAGGAAAACAAAAAUGGUUUGAAGAUAAUUAAACUGACAGAUUCCAAUUUCUUACGCACUUUAGAAAAUUCUAUUCGGCUUGGCUCACCAGUGUUGUUAGAAGAGCUUAAAGAGACCUUGGAUCGCUUGGAGCCUAUUCUUCUGAAACAGACAUUUAUAGCAGGUGGCAGAAUGCUAAUCCGGCUGGGAGAUUCAGACGUUGAUUAUGACAAACACUUCCAGUUCUACAUGACAACCAAAAUGGCCAAUCCACACUAUCUACCAGAGGUGUGUAUCAAGGUCACGAUCAUCAACUUCACUGUGACCAAAUCUGGUCUGGAAGAUCAGCUACUAAGUGAUGUUGUGAGAAUAGAGAAACCUGAACUUGAAGAACAAAGAAACCAACUGAUAGUUCGAAUUAACGCAGAUAAAAAUCAGCUGAAAGCAAUUGAAGAUAAAAUCUUGAGGUUGCUUUUUACCUCUGAAGGCAACAUUCUGGACAAUGAAGAACUGAUACGUACUCUUCAAGAUUCAAAGGUUACCUCAGGUGCUAUUAAAGUUCGCUUGGAAGAGGCCGAAGCUACAGAACAAAAAAUUAAUUCUGCUCGUGAGAAGUAUCGUCCUGUAGCGACCCGUGGAUCAGUUAUGUAUUUUGUCGUCGCUAGCCUCUCUGAAAUAGACCCGAUGUACCAGUUUUCUUUAAAAUACUUCAAACAGCUGUUCAAUACGACUAUUGAGGUGUCUGAGAAGACCUAUGACCUGAAACAACGUUUGAUCACUUUGUUGCAUAAGACACUUUUUAGCACCUACUCUAAUGUUUCUAGAGGUCUAUUUGAACAACACAAGCUUAUCUACAGUUUCAUGCUCUGUAUUGAAAUCCUGCGUCAGAAAGGAGAAAUAUCAGAUGUUGAAUGGAACUAUUUCCUUAGAGGAUCUUCAGGAAUGGAUAAGGAGCAUCCACUAAAACCAUCAGUUGACUGGUUAACAACUCAGAUGUGGAAUUCAUGCUGCGAUCUUGAAGAAACACUGAUGUGCUUUAAAGGACUCCAAGAGGAAAUUAUUGCAACACCUGUAUUUUUCCAAAUAGGACGUCUUGAAAUUGAGAUCAACCCAAGGAAAUGGAAUGGAUAUGACUUAACCUUAUCACCAUACUCACCAGGACAGGAAAUUGUUUCAGGGUACAUUGUUGGUCACUGGAAUAAGAGGCUGUCUGAGUUUCAGAAAUUAAUUUUAACCAAAUCUUUUAUGGAGGAAAAGGUGGUGUUUGCAAUCACAGAUUUUGUCAUAGAAAAGCUUGGGAUGGAGUUUGUUGAGAAUCCUCCUGUGGAUUUAGCCACUCUCUACCAGGAUAUGUCUCCUUCGACUCCCCUGAUUUUCAUAUUAAGUACUGGUUCUGAUCCCAUGGGUGCCUUCCAGAGAUUUGCAAAAGAAAGAGACUACCUUUCCAGGGUACAAUCCAUUUCCUUAGGACAAGGACAGGGGCCCAUUGCUGAAACAAUGAUCAAAAGUGCUCUGAAGUCAGGAAAUUGGAUAUUUCUUCAAAAUUGUCACCUUGCAGUUUCAUGGAUGUUAGCCAUGGAAGAAUUAAUUAAGACAUUCACGGAACCAAAUACUGUUAUUCAUGAGAACUUUAGAUUGUUCCUAAGUUCCAUGCCAACUCAGACAUUUCCUGUUACAGUUUUGCAAAAUUCAGUUAAGGUUACCAAUGAACCUCCAAAAGGACUUCGUGCCAAUAUCCGACGAGCUUUCACAGAAAUUACAAACUCUUUUUUUGAGGAGCAUGUCUUGGGCAGGGAUUGGAGAAAGAUUAUCUUCGGAAUUUGUUUCUUCCAUGCUAUAGUUCAGGAAAGGAAAAAGUUUGGUCCACUAGGUUGGAACAUCCGUUAUGAGUUCAGUGACAGCGACCGAGAAUGCGCUCUUCUCAAUCUGAAUCUAUACUGCCAAAAAGGAACCAUCCCUUGGGAUGCCCUGGUGUACAUAACUGGUGAGAUCACCUACGGAGGUCGAGUUACAGAUGCCUGGGAUCAGCGAUGCCUGCGUACUAUCUUAAAGAGAUUCUUCUCAUCUGAAACCUUAAACGAGGCAUACAAGUAUUCAGAAUCAGGGAUUUACUACAGUCCUGAAGCAGACACCUUACAGGCAUUUAGAGAGUAUGUUGAAAUCCUUCCUCUCAUUGAUGACCCUGAAAUCUUUGGGAUGCAUGAAAAUGCCAAUCUGAGUUUUCAGCGUCAAGAAACCAAUACCAUGAUAAACACCAUUCUUGAAGUACAACCCCGCUCUUCAGCACAAGGAACCGGAAAAAGCUCUGAUGAAAUUAUUAAUGAAGUAGCUGAUUCUAUCUUAUCCAAACUUCCAGAAAAACUUGACCUGGAGGUUGGAUUGGAAUCACUCUUUGUUAAAGAUGCAAUGGGACGCCUCAAUUCUUUGACUACUGUACUUGGCCAAGAAGUUGAUCGCUUUAAUGGUCUACUGGACGUUCUAAAGAGCUCUUUACGUAUGCUUAAUAAGGCCAUUGCUGGAUUAGUGGUAAUGUCAGAAGAGAUGGAAAAAAUAUACACCAGCUUUAUGAACAACCAGGUUCCAGAGCUGUGGGCUGAUGCAGCUUAUCCAUCACUCAAGCCCCUGGGAGGAUGGGUGAAAGACUUCAUUCUGAGAAUUGAUUUCAUACAGACCUGGAUCAAAAAGGGCCUCCCCAAGUCCUACUGGAUUUCUGGAUUCUUCUUUCCUCAGGGCUUUCUGACAGGCACACUUCAGAACCAUGCAAGGAAAUACAAUUUACCAAUCGACGAGCUUAGCUUCCGUUACAAUGUUAUUCCUGUGUAUAGAGAUGCAGCAGAAGUAGCUGAGGCUAUGAAAGCCUUAGGAUUUGGGCAAAAACUUCUGAUGGAUGUGGAGCUACCCUCGCCUAAAGAUGGUGUCCUAGUCCAUGGUAUGUACAUGGAUGCUUUUCGUUGGGAUAAUAAACAUAUGGUGGUAGAAGAUGAGCUGCCAAAAGUGAUGAAUUCGCCUUUACCAGUUGUGCACUUUGAGCCUGUCCAGAACUAUGUCCCAGAAACGUAUCUCUACCAUGCACCACUGUACAAAACAGGGGCCAGAGCAGGAACACUCUCAACAACAGGUCAUUCUACAAAUUUUGUUGUAACUGUGUUAUUGCCAUCAGAAAAGGAUAAUGACUACUGGAUAUCCAAAGGAUCUGCUCUGCUUUGUCAACUGAAUGAAUAAAUUCAGAUUUGGUGGACUCAUGGCUUGUAAUUGUGCAGGUGAUGGAGGUACCAUCCAUUUUUUAAAUAUGAAUGAGUCUGAAAAAGAAAUUGCAUAGGAAUCAACUGCUCAGCUGGAAUCUCAUUUAAAAACUCUUUGAUUUGCAUCAUCCAUCAAGUAAAUAUUUAGUUUCCAUACAUAUAAUGCAACUU